GCUAGGGUUUAUAUUUUAAUUGCCGCUCGCAGCUUCCCCUGUCCAAGCUCAGAAGACCCUCGGCGCCGCAGCAGAACUCCGUCCAGCAGCCAUGGGGUACGUCUCCUCUUCCGCUGUGAAUCCCGAGCUUCUUGUGCAUUUCAUUUUCCAUCUGCCGAGCCAUUUGAGAUCUUCACUCGUUUUCUCUUGUUUGGAUCCUGUGAACGAUGAUUUUUAGGGAUGAUAGCUAUCAUUUUUUGGAUUUGGAUGAACCCUUUCGUCGAGAAGUUGAUUCUGUCCCUGUGAUGGACACGUGGAAUGGGAGCAGCUCGCAAGCUGAAGACCCACCGCAGGAGGCAAAGGUGGGCUGACAAGGCUUACAAGAAAUCUAACUUGGGUAAUGAGUGGAAGAAGCCAUUUGCUGGUUCUUCCCAUGCCAAGGGCAUUGUUCUGGAAAAGAUUGGUAUUGAAGCCAAACAGCCAAAUUCUGCUAUCCGUAAGUGUGCUAGAGUGCAACUCAUCAAGAACGGAAAGAAGAUUGCUGCCUUUGUUCCUAAUGAUGGUUGCUUGAACUACAUUGAGGAAAAUGAUGAAGUUCUCAUUGCUGGAUUUGGUCGUAAGGGUCAUGCCGUGGGAGAUAUUCCUGGUGUCCGUUUCAAGGUUGUGAAGGUCUCUGGUGUCUCCCUUCUGGCUCUAUUCAAGGAGAAGAAGGAGAAGCCAAGGUCUUAAGUUAUCAAUGGACAUCUCUAGUUUUUUGCUGUAGUUUUCAUUGUGUUAUUGUUUCCGAAACAACUGUGGAAUGGUUGUGGUUCUUGUCCUAGUGCACCUGCUGAGCCGACUUCUGGUUAUUGUAUGGACGAACCUUCAAAUUUUGCAAUCUUAUAUGUUGGAACUCUUUCACAUUCUGAGCUCUGUAGAUUUUCUACAUUCUCGUUCCAUCGCCGUGAGUCAUAAAGAG